UUUACUGUAUAUAGUUCGUAUAGCGUGCAAGUAUUAACAUCAUGUGGAAAUUAUUUAAUAUUUUGUUCAUAUUAUUAUGUUUAAGAUAUAUACUUGCGAAUUCGGAUAGAGACGAAGGUUUAGCAGGUUUUAGUACUGUCAGAAAAGGUAUUUUAGAGAAAACGUUUACCGUUCAGUUUAAUGGAACAGAGGAGUUGGCAAGGCUAUGUUUGGAAAGUCAAGGAUAUAAUUUCGAGAAAAGGAUUGCUGGAAAUAUUUACCGUACAACCAAAGAAGGAAUAUCUUCAGAGGCAAGCACCGAUGACAUGAAAAAGCAGCUUAUAAACAGCCCUGGCAAAACCUGUUCAUCUGUGCUUAACAUAUGGAGAGAAACAGUCGAGAAGCGAGUAACACGUUCAACGAUUCUAGAACGACCAAAGAGACAAACCCUGGAUGACGCAGAGUGGAACGAACAGUGGUAUUUAAACGCCGAUCACAGUCCCAGUAUGGGUGUAGCAGCUGCGUGGGCCAAAGGCUACAAAGGGACAGGAAUAAAAAUCAUGGUCAUUGAUGAUGGACUGGAAAUAACACAUACUGAUCUAAACGACAACUAUCUAUCAGACUUGGGAUAUGACGUCUUUACCCAAACAGCAGACCCGUCACCGAACCCAAGUACAGACAACCAUGGUACAAACUGUGCAGGGAUCAUUGCGGCCGAGGACAAUACCGAAUGCGUCAUUGGGAUAGCUUACGACUCGAAAAUCGGAGGGAUAAGGCUAUUAGCAUCAAGUGGAGCCAGCAAUUCUCAAGAGGCCGAAGCGUUGGUUUAUAAAAUAGAUGAAGUUGACAUAUACAGCAACAGUUGGGGAUCUUCGGAUAACGGACAAACAAUAUCCGAACUUGACGAUGUACAAGAACAGGCACUCAUUGAUGGAACAACACGCGGGAGAAAUGGUCUAGGAGCUAUAUAUUCCUGGGCUGCUGGAAAUGGCGGGCAGAACGACGAUGAUUGCAACUAUGAUGGCUACGUAAACAGUCCGUAUACAAUAGCUGUGACCUCGCUUCAAACGAGUUCAGCACCGGCGGAUUACUCAGAACCGUGUUCAGCGCUUAUGUGUGCAACAUACGGCGGCCUAUCAAAUGAUGACGGCAUUGCAACGACUGAUGUAUCGAAAGCUUGUACAACAACGUUCGAAGGAACGUCCGCCGCCUGCCCUGUUGCAUCGGGGAUAUUCGCCCUUGUCCUUGAAUCAAGGCCUAGUCUUACAUGGAGGGAUCUUCAGCACAUUAUUGUCGAGACCGCCAACAACAACCUUGACCCUUCCCAUGACUUCUACCUCAACGGAGCCGGAAAAAAAGUGAGCACAACAGCUGGGUUCGGUCUUCUCGAUGCGGACGCCAUGAUCAACAAAGCUGUCAGUUGGACAACCGUGCCAGAGAGGCUCAAUUGUGAAUCACAGACCAGUGUUGUUAACAGUGCUGCAGCCGUGGAAAUCCUGAACACAAUCACCAUGAGCGAUUGCGCGAUCAAUUACCUAGAACACGUUGAGGUUACGGCUAAAAUUUCAACAAACAUCACUGGGCAUAUGGAGCUUUACUUAAAGUCACCAAACGGGGCAAGCUGGACACGCAUCUUAAAACACCGAAACCAGGACCUAUCUAUUGGAACGCUUGUGGAUUACAGGUUUAUGUCCGUUCAUCAAUGGAGAGAGGGGGCGAAUGGUGACUGGACUAUCAAACUCUCUGACUCAAACGGUGGACAUGUGUUGGUAUUUUAUCAUUGGAAAGUCAAACUCUACGGAACCAACACGGACCCGCUUGCAACUGAUGAAGACGCCAAGGUUGACGUCAUAGCUAUAGUCGCUGGCGUUGUAGGUGGAUUAACAGGGGUAGUCGCUGUAGUAGCUGUUAUAGUGUACGUGAUGAAGCGUAGCAAGGACACUCCAAUCGUAGCUCCGGAAGAUCCGUCAACCCCGUCAAACACCAAAUACUAAAGAACAAACAAAUCAACAGUUUUAUCACAAGCUUCUAUGUGAAGUGCAUCUGAGAAAUCAACAGUUUCAUCACAAGCUUCUAUGUGAAGUGCAUCUGAGAAAUCAACAGUUUCAUCACAAGCUUCUAUGUGAAGUGCAUCUGAGAAAUCAACAGUUUCAUCACAAGCUUCUAUGUGAAGCGCAUCUGAGAAAUCAACAAAAUAUGGUUUUGACAAAUUGGAUGAUGCUUAGAAUAAGUGAACAGUGUGAACAUUAUUAUUUUCAUUCUAACAUCAAAAUCAAUUACGGGACGGGAGCAUUAUUCGCUUUUUGAACUACACGAUGUUUAUAUAUUGUUGUGUUUUUGUUACGGAAAAGGGAAUAUUACAAGAAUCAAACUAAUAUUUUCCCGACAUCUUAGCCAACAAGAAAUAGCUGUUUACAUCGACUUCAAUUCAUCACAAACUUGUCUGACAAUAAAAACAGUACUUUAUUUUUCCUUAGGUUUCAAUGCAUUAAAGAGCUUUUAUUUGGUAUUAAUAUUCCUUGGUCAUCAUACUGUGUCUCAUUAUAUGUUAACUUUUCCUGAUUUGAGAGCACUAAUCUUCACGUUCCAGUAUAUGCUCGAUCAAACAAAUUUCUCAUUAAUUUUUACUUUUAGCAUGUUUGAAUGUAUUUUAUAUUACUGUAUUUUCAUUGCAUGUACGACUGACCGAGUGCCCAUUUUGUCAAUACUUGUUGAAAUGUUAACGGUCUUCAUAAAAUGAUAAACAACAUUGCAAAUUCAUCUUUCAAUUAGUAUGCGUAAUAAAAAACAUUCAUUGAGAAUAGCAAAACACGUUGUCUAUAAAUGCUUAAAUCCUUGAAUACUUAUUAUUAAAUAAUUAGAGAAAAAAAUAGAGUGAGUAUAUAUCUAUGAUAGUCUCAUAUGAUGUCAGAUCAAUUCCAGAGGUCCACACGCUGUUUCAGUAAGAAGAAAAGUUUGAAAUACCAACGAAAUUCCAAACUCGAUCACUGACUCACUAUAUACUAUGGAAGUAGAUGAGAGGGCGGAGCAUACCGCUUUGCAAACAGUACCAAAGCAGUUGCCGGAAUAGACGGGAUAAAGAACUUGAGAAUUAAUCCACAUUUUCAAAAGAAAUUUUCCAUUAAAAAAUUAAGCUCUUGUUUCUGAAAUAAAUGUGAUGCAAGUAUUUUCGAAUGAAAAAUUAUCGACGUUGUCUGUGACACGUAACAAGUUUAACCAAUUUCAAAAUGUUCUUUAGUGAAAAAUCGUAAAUUUGUAAUCGUUUAUGUUUUGUACAAUGCACAUUUUUGUGUAUGACGAAAUAAAGUGUG